CUAUUGGAUUUAAGUGAUCAGGUGGUGCGAUUUAGAUUAUAUGGUCCAAAAUCACUUGAAAUACUGCGUGAAGUCCUUGCUGUUGUCGAAGAAAAUGAACUUGAAGAUUCGAGGAUGAAAGAAUUCAUAUCAAGUAACCAAUGGUGGAGAAAUGAAUGCAAUAAGCAUAGUCCCGGUGAACUUCCCGAUGGUUUUGUUUUCAGUUUGCUUGUGGAAGACCCUAGAUUAAGUCGACCGUUGAGGAAGACAAAGCCGACUGAAACUAACAGAUAUUCAGCAAAAUCGUUAAAUGUAGGCAGUUUGCCAUCUCCACUGAACGACUUUUGGAAUUUUGAAAUUCGAAGGAAGACUCUUGAGAAGAAACUGAUUGAAAUGGAUUUGCAAAAAAUGCGAAACACGCAGCUAAAGCCAGUGAAAACAUCUGAAGCCAAGAUACCAAUACUCUUAAUAGUUCGAAAUACGGGUAUAGGAACAACAAGUCCAUUCAUUGGUUUAGAUCUCAUUAUACCGUCAGGAUUUGGCUUGGAAUUUUGGCUUGCCCUGCAGUAUGGUACUGCGAGGAGUGUUGGAUUGAAGGAUCAGAAAUUCCUAGAACUGGAAUCAGGCCAUUUUAAUUUUCCCGCUGAUGUGCCAGAUUGUGAUGCUGGUCUUAACGAAUUUAAAGAAGAGUACAUUAAUCUGCAGGAAAAGUAUAUACGACGUCCACAUAAUCGUCGUAUAAAGUAUUGGAGUAGCUUAUCGAUCAAAUAUCCUUUCACAUUUCACUUCUCUGAGUUGUCUCAUGACUGGCUCGAGAAUUCAAGCGUUAAGGGUGCUGCAUAUGUUAUACGUGACCGUCGAACAUUACUGAGUAUUGAGAAAUGGUUGGUCGGAAGGGGACCAAUGCCAGAAGAAUCUGUCAUGAAUUCCACAGCAUUAGUACCCGUAUCUCUUAUAUCAACAACACUAGGUCGUCCACAACGAUUUGCACUGAUAUGUGCACCAAUCGAUGAGGAUUUUAUAAAUGUAGCAAAACUGUCGAAAGGCGAAAGUGCUACACAAAUCACUGAACAACCGCGGAAAAGUACAUCAAAAUCAGUAUUUAGUAAUGAGGAAAAUAAAGAGGGCCAAGGAAAUAAGAUCGAACUGGAGGAUUUCGUUUCGUUGGAUGUUACAGCAAAUGAAAAGCACAUAUCGCUGAACUCACUUUUCCCGGACAAAGAAAUGUUACGAAAGCGAAAAAUGAAGGAAAAGAAGAAGGAAAAACGAGAAAAAGCGAAAGCAGCUAAACGAUUGAAAAGAAAUGUGAAAAGUAUUCCGCAGAUGUCCAAUUCUAAACAGCUAGGAAAUGGUACAGAAAAACUGGAAGAGAAAGCACUCAUAAAAUACAGUAGCAGCUGCUCUAGGCCUAUCAUUGGCAGAAUCGUACGCGGUGAUUAUUCAUUCGUACAUGGAAGAGGCUUUGCUAUCGGUUAUUGUUGUUUACCAGCUUUGAAACAACUUUAUCGUGGUGUUGUAUUAUUCCGGAAUGUUACAUCCAGACGCUAUUAUCCAGCUCGAAUUACCCUUCUUAAAAAUCAAGUGGACUUGUAA